AUGGAAAGAGAGGGGAGCUAUAUUGGAGACGGCGAGCACAUUAGCCACAAUCCAAGGCUUUCUAGGCUACUGCAGAAUUCACCAUCCAUGUCAACUUCACCGACGAGUUCGCUGGUGUCUUCCUCUGCGGCGUCUAUAUUUGAGCGCGAUAUCGAGCCAGCCCAUCCAAUUCACACUGGCUUCCUUGGAUCGAGAGAGGCCACAGACUUAUCAACAGCGCCGGCACUGACAGAAGCAUUUGAGGCUUUCGUCGGCAGCAAUCCACAAGACUCAAUCGGUGUUGAAAUGACUUCAAACGUCGACUGGGGCAGCAACAACUUACAAUCGAGUAUGAUCAACAGUCCGUCGCAAUCACUUAUUCUUCCACCGCCUUCUCCUCCAACGCAAGACUCAGCGCUAGCUCCUGGCAUACAAUCAUCUAUCUUACCAGCAUCGCCACCAAAUUCACCACCGCCACCGACACACCAACCACAGACAUCAUCACCACUAAACCCACUCGCGAAUCAAUCACCAAGACUAGCAUCACAGUCGCAAUCCCUCGGCAGCACUUCCCCAUCGCCCAAUCUCUUAGAAAGUCCCGGCGCGUGUCACAGGAUCAGCCUGCUCAGUUACGGGGACGUUAUAACCGAGAGACCUACAUCAGCUGUACCGCUGCAGACUGCGCUAAACCAACAGUCGCCACCGCAGUCCCAUCUUCUCAAUGAGGGCAACGAGGGCGCUGAAAGCAGUGCAUCUCCUGCUGCGAAUUACGUUGAAGAGCGUAACAGGGAAGUUGAGAGAGCGGCUUUGAGUAAAGGUUUGGAAGCGCGUCUGGAGGCACUUUCGUUCCCUGAACCAGCUCUCACGCAAAAUUUACCUCCAAUGCGGCCCUCUUCAAGGAAUGUUUCGCCGGUUCCGCCAGUCGCGUCUGAUUUACCAGCUCCUGCGCCAUCUGAAGAGCGUUACAUUGAAGAGAAGGAGACAGUAACAGAGAGAGGUGCUGAGAGAUUGUCACAUCGUAUUCAAUCAUUGGCUGUUUGA